AUGCCGGGAGUUGACAGCAUCGUGGCUGUCCCAAAAGUUGCCAAGAAGGGUGCCGUAGUCAAACGGCCGAAUACCUACCAACUCGCGCCCUCCCCAAAAUAUGCCUUCUCUGCGCACCGGCAAGCCGUGCGGGAUCUGUUACAACAGUUUGUGCAAGACAUACUGGAGGAUACAGCGAGCCCCAGCCGCGACGUUGCACUAAUGACUGGGCUAACCAAGGUGAAAAAUGAGAUUAUGCGCAUGCAGUGUCAAUUCUUUCCGCGGCAUCGGAUCGUGGUUCAUGGCAUAAUUGGAGACGUGGGCCAGAACCCACCAACUGUCAUUUACGGCAGCCAGUGCCUCGCCUCGCCUGAAUGUGGUGAUGACUGU